AGCAGCCGUCGAGAGGGGUGGCAGGAUGAAUGUGGGCACGGCACACAGCGAGGUGAACCCCAACACUCGGGUGAUGAACAGCCGAGGCAUCUGGCUUUCGUACGUGCUGGCCAUCGGGCUGCUGCACGUCGUGCUUCUGAGCAUCCCCUUUGUGAGCGUCCCUGUCGUCUGGACCCUCACCAACCUCAUCCACAACCUGGGCAUGUACAUCUUCCUGCACACAGUGAAAGGGACGCCCUUCGAGACGCCAGACCAGGGCAAAGCAAGGCUGCUGACCCACUGGGAGCAGAUGGACUACGGAGUCCAGUUCACAGCCUCUAGGAAGUUCCUGACCAUCACACCUAUUGUGCUGUACUUCCUCACCAGCUUCUACACCAAGUACGACCAGGUCCAUUUCAUACUCAACACCGUGUCCUUGAUGAGCGUGCUCAUCCCCAAGCUGCCCCAACUCCACGGAGUCCGGAUUUUUGGAAUCAAUAAGUACUGAGGCUGCAGCCCCUCCCCUAGCCAGGUUGGCAAGGGGAGGGUGGAAGGCCUUUGCUGUGAUGCUGAAAACAGGAGCCUCUGGGCACUGCCAGAGAUGGGGGUGUGCCCUGGGCCUGGCUUCCCCUUCGCUUCCCCAGUAGCCGACUUGGAGUAGCUUGUAGUGGGGCUAGGGUGGGGCCCCCCGGGCUCUGACCCGCUCUGAAGUUUUUGAUCUUUUCCUUUCGCCUUUUGAAUAGAGAUGCCAUGGGGGGUGGUCAAGAAAGGGACUGGGCUCUCUGUCUGACUUGUGGACCUGAGAAGUUGGGACAGGAAGCCAGGAAAACCCCCUGUUGGCUUGUUUCCCCUCGGGCAGCCAUAGCACUUUAGCCCCUGAGAUAGGGGCAGAGGGACGGUACAACUUCUGCGUUGUUUUCCUGUCCACCCUUCAGCGUGUGGGCGGAGACUCACUGUUUGCGUGUACAGAAACGUGCGCUGUGUGCACGUGCCUCCACCUUCCAGGUAGAGAGCGGUCAGGCUUUGUGGACUUCGCCGCAACCCACUC